AUGGUCCAGGAGCUGUCGCUAUAUGGAGUAGUAGCUGAGCAGGAGCAGCCUAUUUUUCUUAGUGCACUGACGUCGUGGUCGGGCAUGAGGCCCCGCGAGUUUCAGGAACACAUUCUGUGCUGGGAGCCCACGUACCCGUUCCGCCCGAAGCUGGCGGCCGGCCAAGUAAACCAGAUCGAGCAGUACCGGAUAUUUGCACGGCAAAACGACCCGCUGUGUCGACCGUUUCAAGAGAACAAACAAGCGCUGUCGCAAGAAAAAUGGGAGAUUUCCGUCCACGAGGUGCCAGAGGCUGGCCAGGCCCUCAAGCUUAUCUCGCAAUCCGUGUUGACGACGCCCAUCCACGAGGGCGAUCCGUUCGACUUUCUCGCCACCCUGGGAUACACCUACAAAGACGAAUACUGGGUAAAAGGUUAUGAGUUUGUUAUUAAAAACGUUGUGCUUAGAAUAUUUCGGAUUUUGACCUGCUCCGCGGACCAAUUGAGCCUGGCUGAUCCGUCGAAACAGUUUCUUGUAAAGGCCCACAUCUCGUGCAAGACGUAA